AUGGAGCUAGAGCAGUCGUCGCCAGCCAGGACACAUGGAGGGUUCCUGAUGUUCGGCGAGUCCACCAUGUCACAGUUCACUCUCAACUUGCCACAGCAGUACAUCCCAUCCAAGAUUGCCAUUUGUUUGACGGUUGUGAAUCCUUACACAAAGUAUGCACUGACGAUGACGUCGGUCGCAUUGUCGAUAGAGGAAGCCCUACCAAAGAAGAUGCAGAGUUACCUGGUCGGAAUGCUCGUUAGGACAUUCCUCGUCCUCUCAACCGUUGCGGUGGCUCUGUUUUUCCCUUACUUUGCCCUGGUGAUGGCGCUGCUUGGAUCCGUGUUCACAAUGCUCGUGGUAGGUUCUGGAGAACAUUUCACCUACACUUCUGCGGUGGAUUUCUCUACUUUGGCCAGUUGA